AUGGCGACGGCGGCGGCGGCGGCGGCAGCAGCGGCGGCAGCGGCGAUGGCUCCUCCGGGCUGCCCGGGUUCGUGCCCCAACUUCGCCGUAGUCUGCUCCUUCUUGGAACGCUACGGGCCGCUGCUGGACCUGCCCGAGUUGCCGUUCCCAGAGCUGGAGCGGGUGCUGCAAGCGCCGCCGCCGGACAUCGGCAACGGAGAAGUACCAAAAGAAUUGGUGGAGCUCCACUUGAAGCUGAUGAGGAAGAUUGGCAAAUCCGUUACAGCAGACAGAUGGGAAAAAUACUUGAUCAAGAUAUGCCAAGAGUUUAACAGUACCUGGGCAUGGGAGAUGGAGAAGAAAGGCUAUCUUGAAAUGAGUGUUGAGUGCAAACUAGCACUCUUAAAGUAUCUCUGUGAGUGUCAAUUUGAUGACAAUCUUAAGUUCAAGAAUAUAAUUAAUGAGGAGGAUGCUGAUACUAUGCGUCUCCAGCCAAUUGGGCGAGACAAAGAUGGCCUCAUGUACUGGUACCAGUUGGAUCAAGACCACAAUGUCAGAAUGUACAUAGAAGAACAAGAUGAUCAAGAUGGCUCUUCUUGGAAGUGCAUUGUCAGAAAUCGAAACGAAUUGGCUGAGACUCUUGCACUCCUGAAAGCACAAAUUGAUCCUGUCCUAUUGAAAAACUCUAGCCAACAGGAGGACUCUUCCCGGGAAAGCCCCACCCUAGAGGAUGAGGAGACUAAGAAAGAGGAAGAAACACCUAAACAAGAGGAAUCGAAGGAAACUGAAAAGACAAAAGUUGAUGAGCCGUCAGUAGUUUCUGGAAAGCGUUCUGUGGCCAAUGUUCUAGAAGAAACAGCGGUGAAAAUUGAAAAAGAUGAAAAGGAGCUCGUGAAACUGCCAGUCAUUGUGAAGCUAGAAAAACCUUUGCCAGAAGCUGAAGAGAAAACAAUUACCAGAGAGGAAAGUGAUUCCUUCAAGGAAAACGUUAAACCCAUUAAAGUAGAGGUAAAAGAAUGCAGAGUGGACUCAAAAGACCUCCAGGGCAGCUCGGAGAGGCCGGGCACGCAGGAGCCCGAGCGAGUAGAAUUUGGUGGCAACAUCAGAUCUUCUCAGGACAUCACGGAGAAGUCUACUGAGGAAACAGAGAAGCUUAAAAAUGACCAGCAAGCCAAGAUACCACUAAAGAAACGUGAGAUUAAGCUGAGCGAUGAUUUUGACAGUCCAGUCAAAGGACCUUUGUGUAAGUCAGCUACUCCAACAAAAGAGUUUUUGAAAGAUGAAAUAAAACAAGAGGAGGAGACUUGUAAACGGGUCUCUACCAUCAGUGCUUUGAGUCACGAAGGGAAACAACUUGUGAAUGGAGAAAUUAGUGAUGACAAGGUAACUCCAAAUUUUAAGACAGAACAAAUGGAAAUAGAGCUUUGUGAUACCAAGGAAGAUCACUGUAGCAUCCUCUCUAAGGAUGGAAAUGCCGUCAUGGAGGGAAGUGGUGCGCAGUGCUUAAAUUCUGUUAUAACAAGCACAAAGACUAGUGAGCUGGGGAAAGGGGCCCCGCUGGGAAAGGGUAUAGAUGGCUCUGUACCUGUCUUAGAGAGCCACAGUCAGAAAGGAAGGUUGGAGGAGCCUGGGCCUCCAGACAUGGAAAUGCCUCUUGAGCCUUCUGAAAAAGCAACAGAUCACUCUUCAAAACCUGCUUUGUCUGCCACUGACUCCUGCAGGAUGAAAGUCGAAGAGAAGGCCCCUAAAAGUAAGACUGAGAACCACACGCCAGGCAUAGAGUGCUUGGACAGGGUGGACAAAGCCAAGAAGACUUUCACUGAUAAGGACAUACAAAGAUUGAGUCCAAUACCAGAAGAAGUUGUAAGGAGGGCUCCAGAACCAGAAAAGCCAGGGCCCUGCGAAGUGGCUGAAACUCCCCUCCCACCCGAGAUGACAGGUGCCAAGGAGAAACUGACCUCGGGAAAGAAAGGUGUGAGUAGAGGUUCCAGUGAAGGUUGGCCCCACGAAGGCGCAAGCCCGGAAUUUCCCAAAGAGGGUUCUGAGCCCUUGAAGGUGGAAAUGGCAAAUUUGGAUAAUGCCCAGACCUCUGGCAUGGGGGAUACUUCUGAGACAAAGGGCUCUGUGCAAAAAACCAAAUUUAAGUAUAAAUUAGUUCCAGAAGGAGACAGCUCUGCCUCAGAAAAUACAGAGAUCACUUCUGAAAGGCAGAAGGAAGGCAUCAAGUUGACAAUUAGGAUAUCUAGUCGGAAAAAGAAGCCAGAUUGUUCCCCACAAAUCGAUUCUGAAAGCAGAGACGAGAAGGUGGGGAAGGAAGAGGAGAAAACAAGCCUCGGGCGCACGUUAAGGAGGUCUCCGAGAAUAUCCAGGCCUACAGCGAAAGUAGCUGAGAUCAGAGAUCAGAAAGCCGACAAGAAAAGAGCAGAAGGAGAGGACGGAGGCGAAGGAGAAUCGGCAGCUUUGCAGAAAGCGGACAAGAAAGAACACCUGAAAAAAGCAGAGAAGGAUACAAACGCUAAAGUGAGCAAGGUAAAAGCCAAAGGCAAAGUUCGAUGGACUGGCUCUCGGACACGCGGGAGGUGGAAAUACUCCAGCAAUGACGAAAGCGAAGGGUCUGAUAGUGACAAAUCCUCCGCAGCCUCCGAAGAGGAGGAAGCAAAGGAAAGUGAGGAAGCAGUUCUUCCAGAUGACGAUGAACCGUGCAAAAAGUGCGGCCUCCCGAACCAUCCAGAACUAAUUCUUCUCUGUGAUUCUUGUGACAGCGGAUACCACACUGCCUGCCUCCGCCCUCCUUUGAUGAUCAUCCCUGAUGGAGAAUGGUUCUGCCCUCCUUGCCAGCAUAAGCUACUGUGUGAGAAAUUAGAAGAACAGUUGCAAGAUUUGGAUGUUGCCUUAAAGAAGAAAGAGCGUGCAGAGCGAAGGAAAGAACGCUUGGUCUAUGUUGGCAUUAGUAUUGAAAACAUCAUUCCUCCACAAGAGCCAGAUUUUUCUGAAGAUCAAGAAGAAAAGAAAAAAGAUGCAAAAAAAUCCAAAGCAAACUUACUUGAAAGGAGAUCAACAAGGACAAGGAAGUGCAUAAGCUACAGAUUUGAUGAGUUUGAUGAAGCGAUUGAUGAAGCUAUAGAAGAUGAUAUCAAAGAGGCUGAUGGAGGAGGAGUUGGCCGAGGAAAAGAUAUCUCCACCAUCACGGGUCACCGAGGGAAAGACAUCUCUACUAUUUUGGAUGAAGAACGAAAGGAAAAUAAACGGCCCCAGAGGGCAGCUGCUGCUCGUAGGAAGAAACGCCGGCGACUUAAUGACCUGGAUAGUGAUAGCAACCUAGAUGAGGAAGAAAGUGAGGAUGAGUUCAAGAUCAGUGACGGAUCUCAGGAUGAGUUUGUCGUAUCGGAUGAAAACCCGGAUGAGAGUGAAGAAGACCCACCAUCCAACGAGGACAGUGACACUGACUUCUGCAGCCGGAGACUGAGGCGGCAUCCUUCUCGGCCAAUGAGGCAAAGCAGGCGUUUGCGGAGAAAGACCCCAAAGAAAAAGUACUCUGAUGAUGAUGAAGAGGAGGAAGAGUCUGAGGAGAAUAGUAGAGACUCUGAAAGUGACUUUAGCGAUGAUUUUAGUGAUGAUUUUGUAGAAACUCGGCGAAGGCGAUCAAGAAGGAACCAGAAAAGACAAAUUAACUACAAAGAAGAUUCAGAAAGUGAUGGUUCCCAGAAAAGUUUACGUCGGGGUAAAGAAAUCAGGCGAGUUCACAAACGUAGGCUUUCCAGCUCAGAGAGUGAAGAGAGCUAUAUGUCCAAGAACUCUGACGAUGACGAGCUAAAAAAAGCAUCAAAGCGAUCUGUUCGGAAACGGGGCCGAAGCACAGAUGAAUAUUCAGACGCAGGUGAGGAUGAUGAAGAGGAAGGCAAACCGUCCCGCAAGCGCCUACACCGGAUUGAGACUGACGAGGAGAGCUGUGACAAUGCUCAUGGAGAUGCAGAGAAGCCUGCCCAUGACAGCCAGCCCAGGGGCCUGCCCUCAGAACAGGAGAGCAGCAAGAAGCCCUACCGGAUAGAGAGUGAUGAGGAAGAGGACUUUGAAAACGUGGGCAAAGUGGGGAGCCCAUUGGACUACAGCCUAGUAGACUUGCCUUCCACCAAUGGACAGAGCCCCGGCAAAGCCAUUGAGAACUUAAUGGGCAAGGCAACUGAAAAGUCACAGACCCCCAAGGACAAUGGCACAGCCAGUGCAGGUCUUGCCCCCAAUGGGACAAGUGGUGGACAGGAGGUGGGGGCACCAGAAGAGGAUGAAGAUGAGCUUUUACGAGUGACUGACCUUGUUGAUUAUGUCUGUAACAGUGAACAGUUAUAAGACUUCUUUCCAUUUUUGUGCUAAUUUAUUCCACGGUAGCUCUCACACCAGCGGGCCAGUUAGUAAAAGCUGUUUAAUUUUUCCUAGAAAACUCCACUACAGAAAGACUUUUUAGAAGAAACAUUUCAACAAAUCUUGAAGUCUUUCUGUGAAGUGACCAGUUUUGAACUUUGAAGAUUAAUAAUUGCUGUAAAUUCCUUUUGAUUUUCUUUUUCCAAGUUCAUGGUCCUUGGUAAUUUCAUUCAUGGGGGAAAAAAUCUUAUUAUAAUAACAACAAAGAUUUGUAUAUUUUUGACUUUAUAUUUCCUGAGCUCUCCUGACUUUGUGAAAAGGGUGGAUAUGAAUGCAUUCCAAAUCUGUGAGGGCCCAAAACAGAAUUUAGGGUGGGAGAAAGCACUUGUGCUUUAGCUUUUCAUAUUAAAUAUAUAUUAUAUUUAAACAUUCAUGGCAUAGAUGAUGAUUAACAAACUGUUUAAAAGUUCAAGUCUGUACUGUUGCAGUUUGAGUAUUGUAGAUAACAUCGUACAUACGUCACUUAGUAAUAGCCUUCAUGAAAUCAAUUUGUUUACUAUUGGAGUUAUACACUUUAAAUAAAGAAGAGACCAUGGAAGCACCAUCAUAAAAACACUUUAACCUAAUUUUCUGUUACAGCAGAGUUUCUUGUUUAAAAUCAUCUGAAAAACAUUUGUAUAAUGAAGCUUUGACAACCAGAUUGUGCUAACAGAAAGUCUCGAAAUAGCUGUUAUACUGUAUAAUAGGCGGCCUCUCUGUUACACUGGGCCAGUUGGGGAGUUAGUGAAGUAAGUGGUCUUUCUUUCCUAAAAUCCAGGUACACUAUAAAUUGGCCAGUAGUGUUAACUCUUCAGGCCACAUGGUAUUAACCAUCCAAGAUGACAUUUUGAAUAUAAUACAUCUAAAUAUAACCUAUAUGGAGAUGCUAAGCUGAUGGUGGUAUUUUAGCACAUUUGAAGACUGAGCAGGGAUUUUCAGGUGAUUUUAACUGAUCUAUUCUUGCCCUUAGUAUCUACUUCAAAUUGAAGUCUACAAACAAAGCAGUUCCUUUGGGAGAUAUUUUUAGUUUAGAGUUUAAGCGUGUGUGGGGUGUGUGACUAUAGGGUGUGUGUGUGUG